AUGCCUAGUGAGCCCAUGUCGCCGCAGCGGAACGGAGCCUCGAAGGAUGCGACAGGCAACUCAGCUCCAGGAGGUAUCUCGACGGCCAUACCAGGCAUGGCAGAGACCUUCCAGCUCAUCAAGGACAAGGUGUCAGCAGCAGGCAGCGGGAGCAUCUUGAAGAGGCAUAGCGGAGCUGCCGACAUCGUCUUUGUUCGUCACGGAGGUGGAGGGAGAGUUGUUGCUGAUGAAAGUGAGGAGAGCAAGCAGAUGCCAAGCAAGGGAAACUCGUGUAUUAUUGCAGCGAUUUCCACGUUCAUGUGA